AACCUAAGCAUCGAAGAAAAGUAGACAUUUCUGUUGUCCCGCCGCAGGAGAAAGAAGCUUUUCCGAGACUUCUUGAGGUGAAGAAAUGAAGCACAACAAUGUUAUCCCGAAUGGACAUUUCAAGAAGCACUGGCAGAACUAUGUGAAGACGUGGUUCAACCAGCCUGCCAGGAAAACCAGAAGAAGAAUCGCGAGGCAGAAGAAGGCUGUGAAGAUCUUCCCCCGUCCCACUGCUGGACCUCUCCGCCCUGUUGUGCACGGUCAGACUCUUAAGUACAACAUGAAGGUCAGAACCGGUAAAGGAUUCACUCUUGAAGAGCUCAAGGCUGCUGGUAUCCCAAAGAAGUUGGCUCCCACAAUCGGUAUUGCUGUUGACCAUCGUCGCAAGAACCGAUCUUUGGAGGGUCUUAACUCCAACGUCCAGAGGCUGAAAACCUACAAGGCUAAGUUGGUCAUCUUCCCGCGUCGUGCCCGCAAGGUUAAGGCUGGUGAUUCUGCACCAGAAGAGUUGGCCAAUGCUACACAAGUCCAAGGAGACUACAUGCCUAUUGUCCGUGAGAAGCCGACAACUUCCCUUGUGAAGCUGACAGCUGACAUGAAAUCGUUCAAGGCUUACGACAAGAUCCGUCUAGAGCGCACGAACAAGAGACACGCCGGUGCUAGAGCCAAGAGAGCUGCUGAUGCUGAGAAGGAAGAGAAGAAGUGAGGAUCCUUCUUCUUAGGUAGAAGCAACUUUAAAUCGUGCCAUCUUCUUUUGGAUCUGAAUUUUUGUGUAUCAGACUUUGUUUUUUGUUUCGUAAGUUUUCUACCCUUAAAUCUUGGAUUAUUCUGCUACUUGCGUCUCUGGGUUUAUGGAAAAAUUUCAUAUUACAUCUCCAAUUCAUAAAA